GCUGUUUCCUUAUUGACAUGUGCCUCUUCAUACUUCUAUAAUUUUACUCUCUCGAUCGCUUCUCAGCCUUUUGGCCAAGAUCAAGUGUAUAAUUUUACUCUCUCAGCUGGAUGUGAAUGACAUUAGAUAAAGAUGAUUGACAAUGAUAUUUAUUCUGUAUUACAGUUGUCUACUGAACCUCCAGCCCAGAAUGACUACAGACCACAGGAAAAAGUUUCUUCUCCCAGGUCCCCUCUCUCGCGCCAUGUGGCAAUAGCUUUGGGACUUCUGAACGCCCUUCUUAUGUGUUUGCUGCUUGUCCCGUGGAUUCUGUGCCAAGGUUCCACUCGUGCCAGUUGUCCUAGUUGCCCAGACUUCUGGGUGAGGUAUGGCGACUACUGUUACUACUUCUCAGUGGAGAAAAACAACUGGGAUUCUAGUCUGGACUUCUGCUUAGCUGAAGACUCCCAUCUCCUUAUGCUUACAGGCAACCAGGAAAUGAGCCUGCUUCAACCUCUCCUCAAAGAGGACUUUUAUUGGAUUGGUCUGAGGAACAAUUCUGGCUGGAGGUGGGAAGAUGGGUCAGCCCUAAACUUUUCAAGGAUUAUUUCAAACAGCUUGAUACAGAAGUGUGGUACCUUCAGCAAAAGUGGUUUCCUAGGCUCUAGCUGUGAGGCUCUUUUACAGUGGGUCUGUAAGAAGGUCAGACUUUGAUGGGUGGAUCUGUCAUAUGGCUCCCUAAAAAGGGGGAGCCAGCCUCUGGGUGCUGGGAUAGUCAUGAGUGUAUAUUUAGUGAAAGCCGAACCUUCUAGAACAUGGCAUUAGAUGUAAGAUUAAUGCGAUUUCCCUGGGACUGAUGGUUUAUUGCUGGACUCUCUUUGAGAACAGUUAGAUAUUAACAAUUUAAAGAUCAGAUCUAGGAAAAUUUGUGAAAGAAAAUACUGUUUUAGUACUUCUCACAGUAGUGACUGAUGCUGCCUUCUUCACCCCCAUUCCCACCAUCUCUGUCAAAAAUGUACCUUUUCUGUGUUAUGGUCUGAAAUAGUCCGACGAUAUCCAUGCAAAUAUAUACUAUUGCUAAUGUGUUACAGAGUUUUGAUGUGUGCUAAUAGGCUGGCAUGUUACUUAUCCCUGAUAAUAUGUUUUUCUUCUAACAAUGGCCCUUUGCAAAUAAAGCUUUAUUCUAAAGGAUACUGCCAAUAGUGACAAGUAGAAAGUGGAUAAAAACAGGGUGAUGCUUUCUGCUUCUCAGCUCUCUACCACUUAGAGACUUGGCCUUGGCUGAAUUUAAUUUUUCUGGGUAUGCAUAAAUGUGGAUGAAUAAACCAAUGUAUGACCAUAUUUUUCCAUAUUGUGAGUGCGUGAUCCGCAUGCUAAUUUCACAAUCAUGGUCAGUCUGAUAGAGGAAAAUUUACAGAAGCAGUUUAUGUGCUUGAUUCCCAAAUUAGGCACGAAUGCCUCAAAAAUAAAGAAAAACUUUAUUAUUUCUCUUAAGUAUGGUUUGGACAUAGAUGAGGAGAGAAGGUGCUGUUUAAAGAUGCAGGAAUUUACCCAAGGGAUACAGGAGUGCUGAUGCAUAGGGGCACUUGUACCCCAAUGUUUAUAGCAGCACUCUCAACAAUAGCCAAAUUAUGGAAAGAGCCUAAAUGUCCAUCAGCUGACAAAUGGAUAAAGAAGAUGUGGUUUAUAUACACAAUGGAAUACUACUUGGCCGUGAGAAAGAAUGAAAUCUUGCCAUUUGUAGCAACGCGGAUGGAACUGGUGGGUAUUAUGCUAAGUGAAAUAAGUCAGGCAGAGAAAGAGAGAUACCAUAUGUUUUCACUCAUAUGUGGAUCUUGAGAAACUUAACAGAGAACCAUGGGAGAGGGGCCGGGGGGCAGGGAGGGGAGGAAGUUACAGAGAGGGAGGGAGGCAAACCAUAAGAGACUCUUAAAUACUGAGAACAAACUGAGGGUUGACAGAGGGUGUGGGGGGAGAGGGGAAGGUGGGUGAUGGGCAUUGACACUGAGGAGGGCACCCAUUGGGAUGAGCACUGGGUGUUGUAUGGAAACCAAUUUGACAGUAAAUUAUAUUUAAUAAUAAAAAAAAGAUGUAGGAGGGAAUACUAAAGGGGACCAUCAGUCUGUACUGUCAAUGACACCGAGUUGUAAUCUCUUGUCUUUCUCUUUCAUAGUCUUUUUUUGGGGGAGGGGGGGCAAUGGACUGUAUCUUAUCCACCAUUGUAUCCCACACACCUAAAAUAGUGCUUGUAUCAGUGAAUAUUAAAUAAAUAAAUGGACAAAUAAAAAAUAAAAAUUAAGAUAUUCUUAUUCUGGUAGUUCGUGUUCGCCCAUGAGUUAAUUAGAAGAAUUAAGGGCAAGAAACACAGUAUAUUCUAAUCCUUCCCUAACUCCCCCCCCCAGGGUGUACAUUCGGUAGCUGACUCGAAAAGGGCAAAGAGUCAGGUUAAUCUAGAUAUACUGUUCACAGAAGGAAGUGGUGGAAACAAACUCCCAUCUCCUUAUGAUCUCUUACCUUUGGCUCUGGGUUGGA